GCCAGUUUUUAUGAAUGAAUCGAAGCAACCCUUUCGCCUCGCGUUGUAAAAACCCCUUCCACGUGUGUGUUGUACUCCUUUCACCCGCUCGGUGUGUGGCUAUUCCACUCACACUGAUUCUACCCUUUGAGGUAGGGAUGCGUCCAAAUAGAAAGGAUCUCCUCAUCGGGGCUGGUGGCUCAUUACCAUUCUGACCGUCAAGCUGUGACGAACACAUUCCCCAAGUAGAUCUACAACGAACCGAGAGUGAUGUACGGCUGGCUGGUUGUAAAACAAAGUGACUCGUAACUAUAUUCCGAAAAAACAAAAAUCGUGAUAGCAAUACGACCCUCGCGCCUAGUGAAACCACGGUAAACAUCGUGAUCGUGAACAUGAAGUGCAACAACAAUAGCGCCGCACGAACGAUCGUGUUGCUUCUGUGCUGCUGUGUUGCGUUAAGCGCGGGCAGAAUAAUUCACCGAAUCAGUGACUAUAACGCACCGAUGGCGGAACCGGUGCGCCAGUGCCGUGCGAUCUGUUUGACCAAUCAUCUGCACGAGGAGAUCAACAGCAUCGUCGUGACGGACGAGUGUACCGAUCGGCCCAACUGCUUCAUGUGCUGGGACUACUGCAAGAUACUGCACGAGGAGAAGCGCAUCGUGCGCGAUUUAAUGUGCAGUGAUGUGAUUUGUUACUCUGGAUGCAAGACGGCCUGCAAGUACUACGGAGGUUUCUAUCGAACGGCGAAACAGAAGAUCACGUUAAAAUCGCUCGCUGUGCCCGUGAUCGGACAGCAGGUGGUGAACCAUGAUCCUGCCAACUCGAGUGCAAGCUAAACAGAAGGACGCGGAGAGCUCACACCACGAAGAGCACCACAGCCUACUAGCUUAUUCUAACCGUUUUUUAAACCGCUCCAUUGUAAAUACUAUCGCACUUAUUUAAAAAAAAACCCCAUUGUUGAAUAUUAUGUAGGAAAAGGAUCUAUUGUAAAUAUCGAAUAACCACGACCAGGCGUAUCGAAGUAAUAAUAAUAAAAAAAACCGUGUUUUUACUGCGUAAGAAACAUUUGUAUCGAUCGUAUCAACCGUUUUGGUUUUGGUGUUGAAUAAAAGUGACUCGAGUCAGCGAUUUGACGACGAUCGAAUUAAGGAUGAGCAUUUCCUUUAAAAAAAAUCCAUUCCCAAAACUUCCUCCCAACCGGAAACGAUGGUUCGCGACAGCUCAAAGAAUGCGCUUUAAAACGGCAACAAACAACACAAACACACCAAUGAAAUUCAAGACUUUUGGCACACGGUUGUUGUUUUUUUUUUUUGGUUUGUUAGAAAGUUGUGUUUGUUAGGCUUUUUUGUAGGUUUUUUUUACAUAUUUUUGUGUUGUUCUUUGUUGUUUCUUCUCUUGUUUUUGUUGCUGUUGUUGUUGUUGUUGUGUGUGUUUCCGUUUUUUAUUAUAUAAAUAAGAUUUCCAAAUAACUCGAUCGAUCGCCCGCUCAUCUUUCCCCCAUUUUUUCAUGAUUCUAUGCCGACGAUCACUAGUAUUAUUAUCAUCAUCAUCAUUAUCAUCAUCUUGUCAAAGAAAAGAGAAAAUAAUAAUCAUAAUCGUAGCGUAAUAAUCGUAAUCGUAAUCAUAAUAAAUAUGCAAUAAAAUAAAAUGGUUUGCUCAACACGAUUAUCAUCAUCAGCAGCAGCAGCAGCAGCAGCGAC